AUGUCUACUGUUCAAGACAUCAGUUUUAUGUUUGACUAUUCGGCUAAACGUCUUAAUGCCUUCUGUAAAGAGUUAUCUCAAGAUACCGCUGCAAGAGCAGAAAUGGAACAAAGAACCAAACUGCGAACCUUGUGUGAAACAAGAUGGUCAAGUCGUGCAGAUGCCCUAGCGACAUUCAAGAACGCCUUUUCAGUUGUUGUGCAUGCCCUUGAAACUCUGCAAGAAGACGGAGAUGACAAAGCAGGGCAGUAUCUGGGAGGGAUUCUCAGAUUUGAUUUCAUUAUAGCUUUAAUAGUUGCAGAACAUUUGUUAAGCUCAACUGUCGCCCUUACUAACCUCUUGCAAAAAGAAGAUAAUGACCUGCUUCAUGCAGUAGAAGAAACCAAAGUUGUUGUUCAGCUAUUGCGCAAUGAGCGGAACGACGCAGACGUAUGGGAUGCUCUCUAUGACAAAGCUUCCAAUAUCGCAGCAGAAUUCGACAUUCAACCUUCAAGGCCUAGAAGAGCUGCCAGGCAAAAUCAUCGAGCAAACCCAGAUGUUCACACAGUGUCAGAUUAUUGGAAAGUCACAUUGUUUUAUGUAUUUCUUGAUCAUCUGGUACAGGAAAUCGAAUCUCGUAUCUUAAGUAACCAAGAUCGUUUUGCUGCACAGUAUCUUCUACCGAAAAGAUUACAUCAACUUCAGGUUGAAAUGCUUCCCGCCAUAUACGCUGCUUAUGCUCCAGAUAUCGACCAUACAUUUGAAUCGUUCAACAAUGAAGUCGCGAGGUGGAAAGUUCGUUGGAAUAUUGCUGAAAACAGGCCGGUUCGUCUACAAGAAACGCUCCAAAAAACCAACAAAGACCUGUAUCCCUGUAUUUACAACAUUCUCGCAGUUCUUCUUACAAUGCCUCCGACAUCAGCAUCAUGUGAACGGUCGUUUAGCGCAAUGAAACGAAUUAAGAAUUAUUUAAGGUCAACCAUGAGAACAGAGAGAAUGUCAUCACUGGCAAUCCUACAUAUUCAUAAGGACAUGGAUGUUGAUAUCAGCAAAAUUAUCAAUACAUUUGCCUCUAAGAAAGGAAGAAAACUUGACUUCUUCUGA